CAUCAACUCGUCCACUGUAGAAAUACUUCGUACCUAUAUCAAAUAACGUAUCUGCACUCGCAAACGCAGCCCUCAACGGAAAGUACUCCCAGCCAAACCCAUCAAAACCGUCCUCUUCACGUCUGAUGAACCAAGUCUCACCAAUAAACUCUUCACACAAUCGUCAACAUGAGCCGAGUAUCCAACAUCCUUUGUUUAGCCCUGACCUGUCUAGUCACCCUGUGCCUACUCCCAUCCCAGGCCGAAUCGGACGACAAAACCUUCUGGGUGGGCGCCUCAGAAGCUGUCAAAGACGGUGUAACUGACACGCAGUUCUGGGCCAUCGCCAAAAGUCUAGACAAAAUAUGCACAGAAUCGACUCCAAUGAAAACUACCUGUGACGCCGACUACGCCGUGCAAGUUAGCUUGCCCAAUUUCUGCGGUGGCAAAAUAUUUGGGUUCAAGAGCUGCGAUACGAAUAUUAUCUCGCAGGAGCUGUGGGAUGUGGAGGCGAAGAAGGUGGUAGGGACUUGCGUGGAUGCGUUGUACGAUGUUGUGGAUACGGAGUGUGGGGGGAGGUCAAUUCAAAGUUGGGAGAGGUGUGGGGUGCAUGAUGGGGUUUGCUAG